AUGUUUUCUAUUGCUUCGGCGCCGGCAAAGCAGUCUGUCAGCGAUACCAUCAACGUUCUCAGCGGCCGCCUCAAUUCUGCAGCCCUACUUGAGGAUCGCCGCGCGGCCAUCCUGGGUCUCAGGAGCUUUGCCAAAGACUUUCCAGCCUCCGUUGCGUCUGGUGCCCUGAGAAGCCUGAUUGGGAGCUUGGCAGACGAUGGCGAGGAUGUCGAUACGGUCAAGGUCGUGCUCGAGACCCUGCUGAUGCUAUUCAACCCAAACGACGACAGCCCCGAAGCCUCGGACGAGAUAGUACUGUGGCUCGCCGACGAGUUCACUCAACACCAUUCGAAUACCCUGCUGCUGCUGGGUUUCCUUGAGUCGACCGACUUUUACUCCCGCUUGUACUCCCUCCAGCUUCUCGCCGCAAUACUCUCAGCUCGCACUCAGCGUACUGAGGAAUGCGUGCUCAACGCGCCCCUGGGCAUCUCCCGCCUUGUGGCUGUUCUCGGCGACGCUCGGGAAGCUAUCCGCAACGAGGCCCUUAGCUUGUUGAUUGGCCUGACGCCGACAUCUGAGGAAUUGCAGAAGCUAGUCGCGUUCGAGAAUGCGUUCGAGAGACUCUUUGACAUCGUCGACGCCGAGGGCUCGCUUACCGAAGGGGGCAGAACCGUGGAGGACUGCCUCAUCCUCAUGGCCAAUCUCCUCCGCCGCAAUGCGUCCAAUCAGUCUCUUUUUCGAGAAUCAGAUUGCAUGAACCACCUGGCAAAUCUCUUGAAGAUGGCCUUGGAGACUCAGGCUCCGGAGGGUAACAUCGCCGCAUGGGCCGAGGUACAGCGCAAUCGGAAUAUAUAUGCCUUUCUUGCCGUGAUACGACUCUUCCUACAUUCCGAGCCAGCGGGCGCAUCGCUGAACCAAAUGGCCUUCUGGAAGCACGGGCUGGUCUUUCAUGUCCUACAACUAGCUUUUACGCGCGAGAUGGGGCAUGUGCCCGUUAGAGCAGAGGCUCUUCUCACCUGUGGUGACAUGAUUCGCGAUGCACCGGUUCUUCAAGAGGACUUCGCCCGGUUCACCGUUCCCCCUCCCCUAGAGACACCUGCUACUGCAGUAGGCACGCGCAAUGGGGUCAGCACCGUCUACGUUAUCGACGGGCUCUUGGACUUGGUCUUGAACACUCAUGACCCGCUCACGUUCGAUCUCCGAUUUGCAGCUUGCGAGUGCCUCAAGUCAUAUCUCUCGAACCACUCAGAAGUGAGGCUACACUUUCUGAGUAGAGCCAUCGAUGGCUACCGGCAAGGGACCGACGAAUCCGCGAACAUCUUGACUGUUCUCAUGAGACCAGACAGCGGCGCCAGUGCCAGCGAACCAUAUCGCCAAUGGUUUGCUGCGGUCAUUGCCUUUCAACUGUUGCACGAAAAUGCCCCGGCCAAGGCCAAGGCCCUGGAACUGAGCGAAGGAGACUCGGAAAAGGGUGAAGAGGUUGUCACUAGCAUCCAGACCAUUACGGCGCACUUGAUAUAUGGCAUGGGCCGCAGCGACGACCCUCGCUCGCUGGUCGGAUACAUGAUGCUCCUCCUGAGCUGGCUGUUUGAAGACCUAGACGCGGUCAACGACUUCCUGGCGGAAGGGAGCUUGUGCGCGAUGCUGCUCGGUGUGGCGUACGAGUUCUCGACCAAAGACUCCCCUAUCCCGCGGACCAAGCUUCAUUCAAUUCUCACUUCCCGACUGGGUCGCGACAAAUACAUAGACCGGCUCAAGAGGUUGCGCGGCCAUCCGCUCGUACGGGACUUUGAGGUGAUGGCUCAGAAAGCCGAUCCCUCCUCGUCCAGCGGGCUUCCUGAUGUAUAUUUCGAUGCCGACUUUGUCGAGUUUUUGAAGGAUAAUUACAGUCGAAUAACACGAGCAAUCGACAGGGCACCGGAACUGGAAAUAUCGGUCAUCACGAACGGUACCCAGAAAGGGAUAUCAAGGGAGCUGGUUGACUCGCUGCGACAGCAGAUAGAGGACAAGGAUCGAGCGCUUCAUGACACGAUGGAAAGAAUAACGUCCCUGGAAGAGCGGCUUGGCCAAGAACGGAUAGAGCACCGACGGGCAACCGAAGCUGCUGCCCAUGAGCUUUGGAGGGCCCAAGAUACAUACGAAAGUUUGCAGAAGGCCCACGAGGCAAAACUACGCGAGCUGCAGAGCCAACAGUUGGACAAGGAAAAGGAUCUGGAAAGAUGCAUCACGUCCAUGCGCGGAGACCUCGCUACUAAAGAAGCCGAUUAUCAGAACGACUUGGCUCAGACACGCAAAGCGGCUCAAGCAGAGUUGGAACGCGUGCGGCUGCAGUCGGAGACCGAGGCGGGGGACCUACGAGCAGCGAUCAGCCAACUCGAGGCGAAAUUGACAACGGUGAAUAAGGAAAAGGAUGAUGAAAUCAAAACCCUACGGGAGGAGCAGUCCAGACUACUAGCAGAACAUGCUUCCAAAAGAGGGGACGAUAAACGAAGCCAGAAAUUGGAGUCACAACUUGAUCAAGCGAGGACGACGAUGGCGGAGAUGAAGCAAAAGGUCGAGAUAGUUGAGUCGAAGAGGCUGGAGGCGAUCAAGUCCCAGGAAGCCGCUCAGUCGGAACUGGAUGACCUGCUGAUAGUAUUCGGCGACUUGGAAGACAGAUUGGCGAAAUACGAAGCUCGUCUCCGAUAUUUAGGGGAAACCGUGUCUGACGGGGAGGAGGACCCAGGGGAGAGCCAAGGCGGUUCAGGUGACGACGUCGAUUGA